AUGAGGUUGUCCAUCACCGUCCUCGUCGCCAUACAGGCGUCGAUGGGUCUGGCUCACGCUAUUCCUCACUCCGAUGAACCGCAUACCAUACCGGAAAAAAAGCGAGAGUCGUUCAGGGACCUUUACAAGAAGUAUAUGUUGGGAUUGGAGACGAAGAAGGACGCAACCCUCAAGCUCGCUGAUCCCAAGACCGACAAGUACGAGACCAAGGGACCUCACGGCGACUUCAAGUAUAGGAUCAAGCAUUACUAUCCUUAUGACCAUGAGUCUGAUCACGAAUACGAGAUCAAGGAGAAGUACAAACCCAAUGAACGCCAUACCAUCACCAAGGUCAAUAUCAAGAAGUACUAUCCCCAUAACCAUCAUGAGCAUGAGGAUGACUACGACUACAAGGACAAGUACAACGAUGUCGACUACGACCACGGUUACAACGACUACCGCUCCGAGAAUCACCACUACGAACACGAGAAGGAUUACGAGACCAAGAAGUUUGACGCAUUUAUUGAUCGUUACGGUCUCAACAAACAUGAUUUCGAAAAACAAUUCACCGAACCCUUGAAAGAGUAUGAGCCAAAGGACAGCCACGACAAGGGAAACCACCACAAGAGAUGGCCGCCCCAUGGCAAUCAUGGCGACCGCUCAUUUGGCUUUUGGCACCCAGACCCUUUCACCAACUUCAACGCCCCGCUGCAGAAGUUUGAUCCAAACGAGGAGCAUACGCAUUCUUACAAGACUGAGGAGAAGCCCAAAUAUCCUGAGCGUCCAGAAUCUCAGGGCGAGAAGUACCACCCCAAGGAUGUCCACGACUCCAAAACGCAUCAGCAGAACGAUUUGGACAUUUUCAAUCCCGGUUAUCACACUCCAGAGAAGUACGACGCCGAGGUGAAGGACGAGAAGCUCUCCCACUUCCACAAGUAUGAGCAGGAGAACGACAACCUCCCCUACUUUGACAAGUUUCCAAAGACGUUCCCUCCGGAGCAGCCCUUUGAUGAAGACAAGAAGGGCGUUCCCAAGGCAGAAUAUGAAGGAGAAGAUGAUCACGAUCACUAUCACUCCAUGGAGCCUGAGGACUGGCAUCACAACAGGGAGAUUCACAAGAAGCCUGACUACGACAAGGAGGACCGCGAGGAGUACCAUGAUGAUGACGAUAAAGACGAACAGUACCCCAAGCACGAUUUUUCUCCCAAGGACGAAGAGUAUGGAAUGAAGGGGGUCCAUGGGUUCAAGUACGAGUACCAUCCUGAUGAGAAAUCUUUCCUCUCUGAAGAGGCUCAGGAGAAACUCAAACACGGCCAUUCUGAUUUUUCGGAGACUUAUUCUUUCAAGGAGUACUUUCCCAAGGAAGAGGUGAAAGAGAAAAAGUACACCAAUGAAGCUGAGAAGCUUGGUUACAGAAAGUACGAUCCUACGGAAGAUGACGACAAGCACAACCACUCUGAUGAGAAGAGCCACCAUCCCGAAGAGGAGAAGGACAACAAAAGCGACUCUAAGGAGGUCAAGAAGCAUGCAUCAACGCAACUCUACUACCCAUCUCAUCACGAGCCCGAGGAGAGCGCCAAGUACUACCGCAAGCAGGAGGUCGAUCACGAUAGCCAUAAAUCCAACGAACAGCCCUACGCUCGGAAGGAGGAUCAGCACCAUGGUUACUACAAAGAACCUGGCUAUGAGAAUGUUGUCCCCGGUUUCAUGUGGGCAGGUCCCGGAACCGUGACCAAGACCCCUUGUGCGAAGAAGGAGGGAUGCCCUCACGGACACUGGCACAUGUUGGAGCCCAAGAAUGGAGAGCACAGACGGAUUGGGAUCACCGGGACUAACAUCGUCGUUGAGCCCGACUUCACCAAGCCCGACUACAAGGAGGAUACGGUGAACCACGUUUUGCCAGGCUACGAGAAUGUCAUCCCGGGCUUUGAGUGGGCAGGAGUUGGCGUUGUUACUGAAGUCCCCUGCCGCAGUGCUGCAGAUUGCCCUGAGGGAGGUUGGUUCAUGUUGGCACCCAAGUUUGGAGAACACAGACGCAUCGCCAUGAACUUCCCCAAGGCUACUGCCAAGCCCCAUCAUCAUCAUCAUGCCUCUGGGCCUACUGUCCAGGUGCACAAGUCUGACUACAAGGCUCGCUCACCGGUUGGGCACGAAGGUGUAUUGUACCAGAAGGAUCAUGAAGAAGAAGAUCGCAAUGAAAGAGAAUACAAACUCAUCCAUCGCCAUUCCAGUGGUUUGAGCAAGAGAAGUAUUGAGGCGAGAGCACCUUGCAAAAAGCAGUCCGAGGAGGAGAAGGAGGCGGAGAAGGAGGCGGAGCGCCAGAAGAAUUUCAAGAAGAUUGACCCCAACAAGCCAGUCCCUCGACUCGACGCCUCAGAACUCCUGAAUAUCGAAGCUCUCAGCGACGAGCACAGACAAGCAGUCGUGGCAGCUUUCCCUAUAAUGGGCGAAGACUUCAACAAGGAGUUCCUCGAAUUCAAGGAACUGACUCCCGAGUUCAUCACCAAACUCAACGAGCUGUAUGCCAUCCUCUUGGAAAGCGAGGACGGCAAGGUCAUCGUCAAUAUCAUCGGCAGGACUCCAAAAUACGUUCGAAAAACCAAGAGAUCGGUACCAGAGCUUAGCGAAAAGCAAAUCGAAAGGAUCGAAGACCUGGCGCCGGCAAUUCGUCAAGUGCUUGCCAAGAAGCUUGACUUUGAUCCCAAGCUUACACUGGAGUUUGUCAAUGCCGACGAACUGUCUGAUGACCUGAUCGCAAGGCUCAAUAAGGAGUAUACUCGCGUGGUUAGAGACCCCAAGUACGCCAAGAUCAUCAAGAAGUUCAUGUCUAUGUCCAACUCCAAGAGGGCAGAGGCUGAGCUGACCAAGGAGAUGCUCAACAAGAUCGAGGAAUUGUCACCAAUCAUGCGUGAGAUAGUUGCGAAGAAGCUCGACUUUAGUCCCGAGCUAUCAGACGAGCUGGCCAACGCCGACAAGCUGUCAGAUGAUCUAGUUGCAAAGCUCAACAAGGAGUAUGCCCGUGUGGUUAGCGAUCCCAAGUACGCCAAGAUCAUCGAGAAGUUUAAGUCCAACUCCAACUCCAAGAGAGCAGAGCCCGAACUCAGCCAGGAGAUGAUCAGUAAAGUGGAGUCCAUGAGUCCAUCAAUGCGCAUGAUGGCUGCCCAGAAGCUUGAUAUGGACCCGGAGCUUACAUCUGAGAUGGCGAAUGCUGAGAAGUUUACACCUGAGUUGAUCGAAAAACUCAACAAGGAGUAUGCUCGUAUCACCAGGGAUCCCAAAUACAAGAGCCUCCUCGACAAGAUUGGUUUCAAGCAAAAGCGAGCAGAGAAGACCCUCGAGCUCAGCAAAACAGAGCUUAAGAAGAUCGAGGGAAUGUCCCCUUCGCUCCGUCUGAUGAUCGCGAAAAGGCUUGGUAUAGAUGCCAAGCUCUCGAUUGAGCUGGCCAACGCCGUUACGUUCACACCUGAGAUGAUCAAGAAGCUGAACAAGGAGUUCGCUCGUAUCUACAACGAUCCCAAAUACGAGGAGGUGCUAGCGCAACUCAUUUCCAAAAGCAAGCGAACAUUCACACGCGAACUCACUGAUCAACAACUCGACAAAAUCUCGAAUAUGAGUGAGUCUGAGCGUCGAAUGAUUGCCGAGAAGCUCAACUUUAAGAAAGAGCUCGCCGAUGAGUUUAUCAAGAGUGAACAAUUCACUCCUCAUCUUGUCAAGAAGCUCAAUGAGGUGUACAACCAGAUUUUCGGAGGCCACAAGUACAACGAGCUCGUCGACCAUUUCAAGAACAAUUUCAAGCGCCACGUUGUCCCUGAACCGAAGGGAGAAGAAGAGAAGCAGGAAAAGGAGGAUACUAAGGGGCUGAAGAAUGUUACAAAGCAGAUUCGCGAGCAGAUCACCAAGGACCUGGACUUCAAGGUCAAUCUCGAUGGCGAGUUCCUCUAUGCUCAGAGGAUCACAGAAUCGCUCAUUGAGAAGCUUGGUGACUUGGUCCGCGAUACUAUCUUGGAGCUGGAGUGGGAAGAAAUUGUGGAGGAUCUUCUUGAUGAAGAUGAAGCUCCGGAGGAGAAGGAGACAUCCGAUACCAAGAAGACGACAAAGACGCCAGAAACCGAGUCUUUGAGUAUUGAAACUACCCCAGAGGCUCAGGGCAAUCAGACUGUCAGCGCCCAAAAUUCGACAACUAUUUCUGGAAGGCAAGCCACCACCGACCUGGACGAGAAGCUUGAACAGUCGAAGAAGAAUGGAUGGUGCAAGGAGUUUCUUGGUACGCUGAAGGACACGUGGGAUGAUUCCGUGGAUGAAGCUCUAUCAAAGACCAAAGAAAAGUUGAAUAGGGAUGAAUAG